GCGAAGCGUCUGGAGCUCCGCUAGCACUGGUCCUAAAGCUUGCUGGUUAAGGUCUUUGGGCUGGGCGAAAACGGUGAUUUGGGGGAGAGAGGGGUCAUUAACAACCGUAGCGCAGCCCUCCUCCUCCCCGGCCACGAAAAUGCCUCUUGGGCUCAGGAGAGACCGUAGGAGCCAGUUUAAACACAUAAUUCAUGGCCUUGUCCCUGCAGCUACCAUAGCACCCAAACCAGCAGUUCCUCGAACACCUCCACCUCGUAGUCCAGAUCCUUCUCCAGAAAGACCUAGAUCUGCCCUUGCUGCAGCCAUCCUAGUGUCCACAUUAACUGGAAGGACUUUUGCUAUUCCUCAGCCUAAUCAUCGAUCACGUUCUGAAAGUGAUGCAACAUACCUGGAAGGAGAUGGUGGUGUCAUUGAGCCUUAUGCGACUGUAACUGAGUUCAGACCUGGACCAGAGUGGCCGGAAGUGCAGGAAAAAAGAUAUUCUUUACCAGCCUUUAAAAUGUCAGGCUAUAGUGACGAUGAGGAUGAAGAUGAAGAUGUUGAGACAUAUCUGUCUGACAAUUACAGUGAACAUGUUGAGCUCAGUACUCAGAAAAAAGAAAAAAAUUUUAAGGAUGCUGUUUAUGCUGUUCCACACAGAAGUAAAAAGGACACAGAUCCAUUAGUUUUUAGGGCUUAUACUGAAAAGGAUGGAACUGCUUCUGAACAAGGUGAAUUCCCAAAUUUGGAAGUUGGAUCAUUGCAAGUAAAAGGUUCUGUUUUAUUUUCUUUAUCACAAGGUAAACAUCCUCUUCAGAAUUUAAAGGAUGAAAAACUAUCUGCUGAAAAUGUAAUUUUUGAAAAACCUCCACCAUCUCCAGAUGUAUCUACAAGAAGACAACGAAAACAGAUGGAAUUAAGUAAACAUAACUUUGAUGAAUUAAAACAACAAAAUUUUAAUCUAACCACUACAAAUGAGAUCCUUGCCCAUGAGCUUGAAGAAAUUAAACAGGAAAUGAAGGAAUUAUAUUCAAAACUUAAGGAAAUGGAAAAAGAUAAUGGAAGUGUGAAAGAGACUGAACAGAGUCCUCAAAGGAAAGUUAAUGUGGCUGAAUUUCUUUCUCUAAGACAACAAGCCCAGGAGCUGGUGGAUGAAAAUGAUGACUUGAAAAUGAUUGUCUAUCGUUUGAAUGUAGAGCUAAGUCGAUACCAAACUAAAUUCAGGCAAUUAUCCAAAGAAGAGAAUAUAGAAAUUGAAGGUCUUCCAUUCAAGGGGCCUCCACCACCUUGGCUGUUGGAUAGAAAGUAUUUAUCACCAUUACUCUUAGCCUAUGAAGAUAGAAUGAAAGAAAAGGAUGAUCUAAAUGUCAUGCUUGAGGAAGAAAUGAAAAUGUUCAAGAUACGAGUAGAAGAGGUGGUAAAAGAGAAUGAAACGCUUCACCAAGAACUGAAUAAAAGUAGUCCUCUCACCAGUAAGGAAUGGCGUCAGCUACAAACUCAGGCCCAGCUCGUGUUAGAAGAAAAUAAAAUUUUGAUGCAGCAGCUUGAGAUUCAGCAAGCCAAAGCCAAAGAGAACAACCAACAGCACAAUCAAGAAGUUUCCAAACUGAUUAAACAGCAAAUGCUUCUGGAAAGUAAAGUAAAGAGCCAAGAAAAGGCACUAGCUGAGAAGAAGGAGCAGGUGGACAUUUUACGCUCUAAAUGUCAAAACCUGAAAAUACAAUUGGAUAGCCAAAUAGAGAUAAAAGUCCAUGACAUAAUUGUGAAUGAACUCAAAAGCCAGCUGCAGAAGGAAAAAGAGAAAUGGAGUGCAGAGACUGACAGCUUGAUAGGAAAGAUGACAGAACUGCAAGCACAAACCAAGAGCCUGCUUUUAAAUAAAAGUAAAUUGGAAGCUGAAAACAAAGUCCUGGGAGCUGAAUUGGAAAAGGCACAGAAAUUAAAUAGGGGAUCUCAAAAGCAAAUAGACCUCCUUCAACAACAAGUAGAAGAAGCAAUGGAGAAAGAAGAGGUAGCUCACCAGUAUCUGACAAAUUUUGUCAUUUUGGCAAAUGGUAUAGCUCAAGAACGUGACAAUCUGAUACAUUUGGCUCAGUGCCUAGAAAAUGAAAAGCAGGGAGUCCUCUACAAAAUAAUAGAAGGGAAUAUUCGCUUAGGAAAAUUAGAAGAGAAGGUGAAGGUGUAUAAAAAGAAAGUCGCUGUGAAAUUGGGAGACUUCAAUCACAGAGUGACCAAGCAAGAGGAGGACUUUGCUGAGAAGAGUGAUCAGUACCAGCGAGAGAUGAGGCACCUCCAGCAGCUGCUGAGAGACAAGCAGGAGACUCUGGAAGAAGUGCUUCAACAGAAAAGAGAGGUAGAAGGUGAACUUGAAGUGGUUUGGGAAUCUACUGCCAAAGAAAACCAAAGGAUGAAAGAAUUCCUGCACACCACCCUCAAGAAGACACACUCGUGGAAGAAAGCCAGCGCCUAUGACUCAGGCUUAAACCAGAUGUCCAAAGAAGACUUGGUUGAAGGAUAUGCUCUUAGCUAUUGUGAGGUGAAGUCUUCUUCAGGUAUCCAGCUACCAGAAAUGCCUGCUCUACAUACCUUAUGCCAGACAGAACCCAAUGAUAGUAAAGACAGCACAUCCAGAGCAGAAUUUUUUCUCCAAAGGGAAGCCAAUUUAUAUUGAAAAAGGAAGUGUAUUAUUCUCCUGUGUACAACAUUUUUCUCCUCAUGGCAAUGACACUCUUUACUUCAUCUAAAGGGUGGAAUAAAUUGUCCAAGAAAUCUAA